AUGGUCAAAACUAUAGGAAAUAAAAAGGAAAUUAUUAGAACAGCAAUUUUCUUAAGUGAUGGCACUGAGAAUACUGAAAACUUGAACGCACCUGGGGUGGUUUUAAUUUCUGAAGAAACUUAUCGAAAAAUCAUCAAUGAUCUAACUGGCAUGAAGGAAAAAGAAUCUAUCGCUACUGAAGAUAUAUUCAAUGAUCUAGAUAGUGACAGGUUAUCGCAAGUUGAUAAGCUCAUGUCUGAUGCCCAUGCAAGUGAAAAUGAUAUAUUAAAUUUGGAAGAAGAGGAAGAAGAAGAAACUGAUAAAUUAUUACCUGAUUCUAAUUCAUCAAUCAAUGUUACUGAUGUCAAUAAUGACUUUAAAAGUAACAAGGAAACCGAUGCCUUAUUAGCUUAUUCUCAUUCAUCAAUCAAUGUUACAGUCAAUACUUCUCAAGCAGUUAGUAUCGAUAAUCAAAUUUCAAUUGGUAAUGACUGCGUUACUGAUAAUCAGCAAGCUGAAAAUAAUAGAAAAUCAGUUGAAUCUAUGCUCAAUAAUCAGCCAUUAAUUAAUGUCAAGAAAACCGACGAAUUAUUAUCUACUGAUUAUCAGCAUGUAGAUGAAUCUAUGCCAAAUGGCCAGCCAUCGAUCAAUGUUAUCUCAGGAAUACUUGAACAAACGACCCUAGCAGAAAAUAGUACACAGGCUGAUGAUAUUGGAUUGAUUCAAGAUAAUGAUUAUGAAUCAUUCACGCAACUGGACAGUUCUCAAAGUUUAAUUUCUCUUCAAGAUAAUACUUCAGAUGAACAAAACAGUCUAAUCACAACAGAGCAUGAACAAAUCUCAAAAAAUGAAUUCAAUAUGGAGCUAGUUAAUAAAGACAGUUCAGUAAAACGACAAAUAGAACAAGUGACGAAAAGCAAGUAUCCUGAAUCAAAAUUAUUAAAUUAUGUAAAGUUAUUGAAAAAAACAAGAGAAGUCAAGGAAAAGCCAGAAAGUUUUACGUCUCAAGACCCAAAAAGUAUAUUUAAAAUGUUUACUCAACCUAUCAACCGAUAUUUUAAUAAAGUCUCGGAAGUGUUAAUAGAACCUGAACCAUUUCCAAAGAUAAUGGAGGAUGUUCAAAGCUGCUCUAAAUAUCUAGAAAUUUGGAAUUUAUAUUACAAUAAUUGUAAUAGAUUAAUCGAACUUCAAGACUUAAAGAAAUUGAAAUUAAUUUAUUUAUUAGCUGAAGUAUUUUUCAACAUGCUAAAGAUAUAUCAUCAAGAACAAGUCAAAAACACAUCAUCAUUUGCGAAAAAUACUAAUACUUAA